AUGACGGCUAAUUCUGUUGAUACAAUGUCGGUGACGUCACGUCCAACUGUGUUUACGAAAUGCUGCUUUUGCAUUCCGCUGCGAAUCGGCUGCUUCAUCUUGGGUUACUUGAGUGUUAUUUUCAACACGCUCAACACCCUGGGCCUUCUAGCCGUGACCACCAUAAUCGGUGUAACCACCCACGGCUUCGAUCACUACGAUCCACCAGAUCUCGAUGACACCACUACAGGACCCAUGAUAGAGGCGGUUGAAAGACCAUACUUGAACAACAUUGGCGUACUACUUCUGGUUAUUUUGGCUGUAAAUGUGGCAUGGUUGGCUAUCAAUAUAGCUUGCUUGGUUGGUCUACACAAGAAACGCUCUGGCCCCAUUCGUGUGUACGUAGCCUUCGCGACUUCUCGCUUGCUCUUCGCUUUCAUCGGUUUUAUCUACGUGGUCAUGACAGCUGGCUACGACGAAAGGAUUAUUAUACACAGUAUUGAUCUUGGAUUGACAGCAUACUUUAUCUUGGUCUACUACAUCUAUGCUAUGCAGCUUGAGCGCGACAUUGCCUCAGUACAAGCAACACAAGCAGCCGAAGAGAAAGUUCCUGAAAUCUACUCCACAGACGUCGCUUUUAUAUAUCCCACUAAAAUUGAUAAGGAAAAAUUAAUUGUAUAG